AUGCACGAUACCAACAACGACACUAACGCCGUGAUAGAUUUCAGGCACGUCUCUGGCAUUCUCUCCACCUACGAUGGUGAAGGUAACCCGUAUCGCAAGCUCUCGGUCUUCGCGCUCAGCUCACCCGUGGUGCUGCACACGCUCGUGGCCAUUGCCACCGAAUGGAUGUUCAACCAAGGCGGCACCCGCGCCCAGGUGACCGUAGCUCGACAAAAUAGAGCAUUGCGAUCCUUGAGGCAGACUCUGUCCUCUUUGGUGGACGAGUCGCCGGCUGGAAAACCGGCCGACAGGCGGUUAACGCACUCCAAGACACCAUUCUCACCACACGAAGCUGCUUUGGCCGCGUGCUUGUUGCAGGUCGCCCAAGUGGUCUUCUCCGGGGGGACCAGCGCCGAAGCACACUUGAACUGUUCGAUCUACUUGCUUCGAGAGCUGGACUACAUUGCUCAGCCGGUGACAAGCUUUGUGGCACGGUUGCUCACUCAGCGAUUUGCCAUACUCGAUGUUACGGCCGCGCUGUUGCACCGAACACGACCACGUGCACCUCUUUCCUUCUGGAUGUACCAGGUCAAUGAGGACUUGGAUUUCAGUGAACCAUCAAUGCACCAAAUGACAGGAUGCCCACAGCCAGUCUUGAGUGCGCUGGCCCAUAUCGCUCAUCUCGCAAGCGACCUGAGGCAAUUUCCCGAGCGGAAAUCCCAUAUCUUGAUGGAAGGCUACCGACUCGAGUCACGGUUGCGCUGUUGGGCGUUGCGCCGGUUCCCCGAGAAGGCCUCGUUCUACUCCGACCUGUCACACGACAAUGAGGACAUACAACGGCGGUUUCCAUUGGCCUCGAAGUUUCACCUCGAGCUGGUGAACGAAUGUUUCUACUGGCUGGCCCAUCUGCUUCUGCAGCGGCGUAUUUAUCGGGACGCUACGACGAGUGAUCGGGUACAGCAGACGGUCAAGACAGUAUUCGGCCUGAUGAAGUCCAUUCCACCUACGUCCGGGCCCGCAUCUUCCCUCCCCGUUCCUUUCUACAUGGUCGCUCGGGAGGCUGUUUCGGACCAAGACAGAUCAUGGGUGCGUGGUAUGCAUACCUCGAUGAUCAAUGUCUAUCGCAACAAAUCACGCGGCCCGAUGAUGGCAAUGACGGAAGAAAUUUGGAGACACGCCGACCUUCGACGAGAGGCCAGCGGGGCCAGCCAAUUCUCCAACGAAGAAGAUGAGGCGCAGUUGAUUGCACUGGAGACCAAGAACAGGCAAUUCAUCUUUUGA